AGAGAUCAUUGUUUGAAAAGUUUGGGAGUUUCUGAUGAUUCUGUGAAAUUUUCCUUGUGGAGUCCCUCUCCGUUUCUUCUCCUUCAUUGUAAUCGUUGAAGAAGAUCAACAGUAGGGUUUCGCCAUAAAAACAGUAUCAACUUCUUUACUUCUUAAAAAUGGUGUGAGAAUCAACGUUGAUACUUGCUGUGUGCAAAUAUGAAAUAUCUCCAUCAGUUGUUGAUAGCUUAGGAGAGGAUAUCUUUAGUCAUUUCGUUACUGGAUAAAUGAGUCGACAGGAUCAAUUUCAUCAUCACGGUUUUAAAACUAAAUCGUUUUGCACACCUUUCUUUCCAAUUUAAAAUAGGCGAUUCUUGUUCGAGCGAGCUGGAUCUGAUUCCGUUGUCUGUGAAUUGAAGCCUCUCGAUAGGAACUAUUCGACUGGCUUUUCCAGCAAGGCUUUGCUUUGCCUGGGCUUUGCUUCAAUCUCAGUCUAUUCUAUUCGGGCCUUUAGCUUCCAUGAUUUUGAGAUAGCGAGUAUCAAAAACGAGAAGAGAAAGUUGAGUGUUGAGCUUCAAUGGAGGAGGCUGCCAUUGACUUCCUGCUGGUGCCUUUAGGUCUCUGUUUGUUGGCCAUCUAUCACUUAUGGUUUGUUCUUACCAUAUAUCGGAAUCCCAGACGGACGGUCAUUGGCCUGAACGCCGAGUCCCGCCGCCAAUGGGUGUUUUGCAUGAUGACUGAUCCAUUGAAGAAUGGUGUUUUAACCGUUCAGACAAUACGAAACAACAUAAUGGCAUCUACACUUUUAGCAACAACAGCAAUAACUCUCAGUUCGUUAAUUGGUGUUUUCGUGAGCAGCUCAUCAGACAUGAGUAAUGCAAAAUUGCAUCUAAUUUAUGGCAACAAGUCUGCCCUUUGUACUUCAAUCAAGUACUUCUCAAUCUUGCUGUGCUUCCUUAUUGCUUUUCUAUGCAAUGUGCAGUCAAUAAGAUAUUAUGCUCAUGUAAGUUUCUUGGCCACUGUUCCUACAUGGAGAGAUCAAAAAGAGUCUAUUCAGUAUGUUGCCAGAAACUUGAAUCGAGGUAGCCACUUCUGGUCCGUUGGAUUGCGGGCAUUCUACUUCUCAUUCCCUCUCUUUCUCUGGAUUUUUGGGCCAAUUCCUAUGUUUGCUUGUUGCUGUAUUAUGUUAUGUAUUCUUUAUUUCUUGGACACAACUACCAGUUUUACGCGGCAUCUCCACAGUCGUUCAUUGAAGGAGGACCAGGAAGUUGAUCUGGAAUCGCCUCGUCAAGCAUCGUAAGUAAUGUUGAAGUCUCAUAAUACCCUUGAUCUAGGCAGUCCUAUGAGUAUAUAUUUUUCAAUGUUUUCAAACCUAUAUCCAACAUCGUCUAAUAUAUAGUCAUUAAAUAUGAUUGCUUCAGCUGAAUUCCUGACUGCUGAAGACACUAUAGAUUAACUUUCUAUAUAACAAGUUUGGAAGAAGUACCAAUAGUUGAAUGGCUAGUUUUAUCCUUCAAAUUGGAAUUGUAGAAUGCAUUUCUUCAUAA